AUGUUGGGGCUCAUGCUGCGUCCCGCGGCGCAACCUGACACGGUCAGCUUAAAUGUGGCCAUGAUGUCCUGUGACCGAGCGGACCAGUGGCUCUUGGCGAUGCUUUUGCUUCAGGAAGUUCGCACUGUGCAGCCAGAUGCCAUCACCGUGACUGCCGCCGUGCAGGCUGCCAGCAAGAGCGGCCCAGCUUUGGCUCUCCAAGUCUUGCGUCGGUCAGGAGUGGAAUUAGACCAGGUCGCCGUGGGAGCAGCUGUGAAUGCUUGCUCACAGCACAGCUGGUCUUGGGGCCUUGCCGCUUUGAGUACCGCUGCGGCCUUGGCCCUCCAACAUGGCAUCUCUGCCCUCAAUGCCGCCAUGAGCAUCUCUCCCUGGAGACGUGCCCUGGAACUGCUCUCGCCGAGCACGAAGCCCUGCGGCGUGCGGCGCGACGGGGUGAGCUUCAAUGCGGCGGCGGAAGGGCGUUUGAAAGACACCACAGCUGAAGCGCAUUCGGCCUGGCGCCUCAUCUGGGCUUUGAUGGAUGAGAUGUCAGAACAGGCCUUGCAGACAGAUGUGAUCAGCUUCGAUGCCGCCAUGACCGCAGACCGCCGCUGGGAACACCUCGCGGAGGUCUGGAGAAGCGUGGCGCUGGCAGAUCUGAAGACUGAUGUCAAGCUGCACAGUCACCUCAUCGAGGAAGGAACGGGAGGUGAUUGGCAGCGGAUGGUGGAACAAAUGCAGCGGAUGCACUCCUCCGCUGUCCUCCCAGAUCAAGUCUGGCGUGGAAAUGCCAUCAGCAGUUGUCGUGCCGAUUGGACUGUUGCCCUGUCUGUGGCGGCGCGUGCGACGGGCCUGGCCGGUCCCACUCUGAACGCCCGGUGCCUGGCCCCCUUGCUCGAUGCCUGUGCUUCCAGCGGAGCUUGGGAGGCAGCCGUGGCGCUGCUUCAAGGAGCUCUCCAAGAACAUGCAGAUGUCGACACCUUCUGCUACAACACAUUGAUGACCGUCUUGUCCAAAGCGUCGCAGUGGCGCUGGGCACUGGACGUCUUCAGCCAACGUGCUGCGCGGAACCUGGUGAGCUUCAAUGCCGCGCUGGAGGCGUGCCGCGUGGGUGGCUCGUGGCCCAGUGCCCUGCAGCUCUUGCAGACCAUGCAGCAUUGUCGGCUACGAGGAGACGUGAUCAGCCAUGCUGCAGUGGUGAGCGUGUGUGAGCGAGCGAGGCAGUGGGAGCCGACCUUGCGGUCUUUACAUGCGCUGCCGGCUGGACCUUGGGAUGAGACGAUCGCUCGGCUGGCUCAGUUGUGGCAAGUUUGA